AUGGAGGCAAAUAAUCAUUUCAACUAUGGCUCCCACUCAUCAGCAAACUCAGGACUGAAACUCUCCUCAGGGGAAUCUUCAUACACAAACGGGUCCUCCACGAGUUUCCCACAGCAGGGCAAGAACUUGAACGGGGAACUAAAUGUGAAUGGCAUCUCUACUGUUGUUGGAUCUGGUGCGACUGGUCCCCAGCAGCAAACAUCUUCUUAUCCACACCUGAGUAACCUCCACCAGAGCAGUCGUGGUUAUGAAUUCCUGUGGGGAGGACAUCCUCAGUACAGUCCACUGGGCUCCCCGCAUGGCCAUCAAAAACAGCCCUCUCCCGGGUUAGGCCAGCCUCACUAUCAGAGUCGUGGACAGUUUCAGCUCAAUGGUAGAUUAGAAGGCUCUCACCAGCCCCCUGGAGUAGGUCCUCCAAACGUGCCUAUGACUGGAGGGCAAUUUUGGAACAGUGGCUCUGAACAUAUUAACUUUGGUUCCCAUAACCUCUACGGGGCCUAUCAGAAUCACGGCCAUCACCAGCAGCAGUCUGCACAGAGCUCUUCCGUAGAGCAACUCCUCUCCCAGCGCCGUCCGCUCCAUCCACAGCAGCAGCACUAUGGCCUGUUGCCCAAUGGGAUGCCCUACUACCAGCAUCAGACGCCCCAGCCCCAAAACCAGGCUCAGAUUCUACCCCCUGUUGGACAGAGUUAUACUCCGCCACGUGGCAGCUCUUUACCUGUGUCGUCACCAUCAUCCGCUAAAGACAGCGCUUCACCUCAGAGACCCGGCAGAGACCGAAGUCCCGACACAAACGAAGCAGGAGCAUCCACUCUUCUACAAGAUGGAGAUCAAAUCUCUAGUGACAAGGAAAGGCCAAGUCAGAAGAAUAAAGACGACCAGCCCCGAGACGCUUCACAUUUAGAAGAUUAUGGACCAUACUCUGAAAUGUCCCCAACUCCAGCUUCUGAUGGACCCUCUCCACAGAAGGAGCCAGCAGCUAAAGUCCCAUCAGAGACCUCUUUUUCACUGUCAAGUUCUGUCCAGCCCGCGUUCUCCCCAAAAUCCUCUGUUCAGUCUUCAGCAGAAUCAAGUUCAAAACAAACUUCUCUAUCAGAAAUAUCUCCUUCAUCUCUAACAGACGGCCUCACACAUUCCUCACCUCCCUUUCGGUCUGUUAUUGCCGGUGAUUCCUCUCAGAGUUUCCAUGGCGCAGAGUCCUCUCUAAACAGUACCUCACAAAUGGAAGAACCCUCUAUUGGAUCUACUGAUGUGUCCAUGUCGCACUCUUAUAUGUCAUCACAGUCAAAUCGUCCAGGUUACAUGGAGCAUUGGAGUCUUGAUGGACAUGAUACUCCGGACUCGUCUGGGCGUCCCCGCAUCAAGCCCUUUGGCAUCAUGACACCACCGAGUUUCAGAACGAGAGAUGGAUUCAUGGCCUUCAGUACCCCAGCAGACGGCUCUGGUCUCAACCUAAUGCAUGGUCAGAUGAAAAGCCCAGGGAAACCACGAAAACCUCGCACUCCAAAAGAUUCUCAAAAUUCAGAGCAGACACAGCGUAAGCCGAGAGGUCGAAAACCCAAGAUAAAAACGAGUGAUAACAUUGAAAACCCGGUUGAUGGUGGCACCCCUAAGGUCUCCAGAAAGCGAAAGAAGAUCCCUAAUGGGGAUUCGACUGAAACUGAGUGUGGAGCUUCGUCUCUGCUCACUUUGGAAGAGCUGAGUUCUAUUUCUGCCACCAUCGAUGCUGUCCUGGCCAACGUUGCCACUCUUUGCACGGACGUUGAAAAACCCAAGAAGAAAAGACGCAAGAAACAACAGCAACCAGAAGGUGCUGUAGAAGAGGGGGCUAAACCAGAUGCUAACACCACGGCUGAAGAUGGUGAGGACCACGAAGAUGACGGUUCAACUGCAGGAGAACCGGGUAAACGUAGAGUUGCAUCGGAGGAGCAGGUUCAAUUUCCUCUUCAGCAUGGUUGGCGGCGAGAGAUUCGAGUAAGGAAAAUAGACAACCGUCUGAGGGGUGAAACAUGGUAUUAUACACCAUGUGGAAGAAGGAUGAAGCAGUUCCCUGAAAUUAUCACGUAUUUGAAGAAGCAUCAGGAUAGUGUGGUGAGCAGAGAACACUUCAGCUUUAGUCCUCGAAUGCCUGUAGGAGACUUCUAUGAGGAAAGAGAGACUCCUGACGGUGUGAAGUGGGAACUUUUGACUCAUGAGGAAGUGCCCUCUACUAUCAUGGCCAUCACUGGUCGUCGUGGUCGCCCUCCUAAUCCCGAUAAAGAAAAACGCAGACCUGAUGGUCCCCCACGUCGCCCUGGGAGACCUCCCAAACCUAAGAUGAUCGACUUCCUCAGCAAAGCUGAUGCCAAAGUUCUCACACAACUUGAGGGCAAAGAAACUCUAACGGAUGAGGAUAAGAAGACAAUUGCCAAAAUCAAAAGAAAGAUGAAAAGAAAGGCCAGGAUGAAGAGAAAGCAAGAUGCGAAGAUCAAAAAAAUGAGAGAAGAAAAGAAGAAGGCUAAGCUUGAACGAGAGGCUGAAGGAAAGCUUGAGUCCACAGACCAAAGCCUGACGACGUCUCCAGAGCCAAAGAAACGUGGGCGCAGGAGGUCUGUGAAGAUAGAGGCUCCUGUAGUUCAGCUAACUGAUGAGGAGAGGAUUGCCCAGGGCAAGAGGGUGCUGGGAGCUCGCAGUAAAGCCAAGGCCCUGGCCAAAGCUCAGGCAGAAGCAGAGGCAGCUGCUCAAGCAGCACAAGCUGCGAAGAGGGCUGCAGAGAGGAGAGCUUUGGCCCAAAAACGCCUGGAGGAGCGCAGGCGACAGCAGAUGAUUGCAGAGGAGAUGAAGAAGCCAGCAGAGGACAUGUGUCUCACUGAUCACAAACCUUUGCCAGAGUUGUCUCGCAUACCUGGUGUGGUUCUCUCAGGCUCUUCUUUUGCACACUGCUUGUCUGUGAUGGAGUUCCUUCAUGCCUACGGGAAACUGUUGGGUCUAAACAUUCCUAAGGAUGUACCUAGCCUGGCUACACUGCAAGAGGGUCUACUGGGGAUGGGAGACAGUCAAGGAGAGCUUCUUGAUCUUUUGAUCAAGCUUUUAGAUGUAGCAGUCCAGGACCCAGGUCUGCCUUCCCACUCUCAAUCUGUAAAGAUCCUUGGAGACAAGUUGGUGGAUCUGGAGCUUACCCGCAGCACUGUCUCUGAAGUCUUGCGCAUCUUCAUUGAAGCUCACGGAUACGACUCAGAGGUUUGCGACGUAUUAAGGACCAAAACAUUUCAAGCCUUGUCUCCAGACACCAAGGCUUCCAUUCUGGGCUUUGUGGUUAAUGAACUUAACGGCAGCAACAUUGUCACAAAUGACAUUGAUAACACACUAGAGAAUAUGUCCAACUAUCGUAAGAACAAAUGGAUUAUAGAGGGGAAAUUGCGCAGACUGAAGAUGGAGCUGGCACAGCGUACAGGCCGCUCGGAGGAGGAGCUGUGUUUCGAGGAGAGAAGGCGAAGUGCCCGAGUGGCAGAAGAGGAAACUGCUUGUUUAGAGGUGACUGGGAGAGGUCGUCGCAAAAAACUCAAAGAGGAGCCCAAAUUCAGUGAUAGUGAAAGUCCAACCAAUGCCAGCAUUCCAGAACUUGAAAGACAAAUUGAUCGGCUCACUAAGCGCCAAGUGUUUUUCCGUAAAAAACUGCUUCAGUCGGCUCAGUCCAUGCGAGCAAUUCUAUUGGGACAGGACCGCUACAGACGCAGAUACAUCGCUCUGCCCAACCUUGGCAUGGUUCUAGUGGAAGGCCCAGAGGAGAUCUUAUCUUCAGUGGAGGUGCUUGUAGCAGAGGUUCCUGUGACCUUUCUCAAAAAGAGUCCCAAGAAAGAGUUCAAAGCAGAAGAGACCCCUGUGCCCACCACUCCCACCUCAGCAGUGUCCUCGCCAGCCCAAGCUGCACAGACCCUGUCCCCAAGUGAAGACCCCCUUCCCGGCACCGCCUCUCUCAUGAGCCAACCCCGAGGCCGUGGACGUCCCAGGAAGAUCAAACCAGAGGUGGAGCUGCACUUGCGCACAGCUAAGAGCAGACGCAGGCGCCGCAGCAGCGCUCGCUCUGGAGAAGAGGGUCCAGUGUCUCCUCACAGUGACCCACCUCAGGCCGCUCUGGGGCCCAGUCAGCCCGCAGAGUCUCUACCCAAUGGCACCAACUCUGAGGAGAAUGUGAAGGAGGUGGCAGAGAAAAAGGAACAGCAGUUGAACCAGUCGCCCCAACAUCUUUGUGGCGAGAAUUCUGUAAACGUACCACGUUCCCCUGCCUCUCCUCUGUCACCCCCAAAGCUGUCCCCUCAAGUGCCCCAGACUGACCCGUCUGCAACACCGCCUCCUUCUCAGUCUGAUCUCCAGACUGAUGGUCCACCUCAGCCUGAAUCCGAGUCCAGUCCUGCACCGCUUUUGGCUUCAUCUGAAGUAGACACUGCUGCAGCACCAUCUGAACCUGCUCUCGCCUCCAUCCCCAACCCUGAACCACAGCCUGCUGACAGCCCUCCUGUGCUGGAGAGCUGCCCCCUGGCUCCCCCCGCCCCAAAGAUCAGCCCAGCUACACACAAGCCCGGUCGUCCAGGGCGCAGGCGGCGCCGGAGCAGUCGAGGAAGCAGUCCAGCAAGACGAGGAGCUGCAGCUAGACGCAGAGGACGCCCCCCCAUCGCAGUGUUCCAGGACCUGGAGCAGCAGUACAUCACUCAGAUGGUGGUCCAACCUAUUCCCAUGUCGAUGGUUCGAGGCUGGUGGUGCAUCCAAAGCCAGGAAGAAUUAUACCAGACCUUACAGGCCCUUCACCCGCGAGGCGUCCGGGAGAGGUUGCUGCACAAGCACCUGGCCAAGCACAUGGAGAGUCUGUCUGAAAUGUGCACCAAAUCAAUCAAUGACUCACUCUUUGAGGUAAAGGUGGAGCAGAAGGAAAUCCUGCUAGAGGCCUUGCAGCAGCCGUGGCAGGUCCAGGAGAGGGCCAUGCAGUUGGAUAUGAAGGCACUGAAAUGGGUGGAGGAGCUGGAGCAGCGCGUGGUCACUGCUGAUCUGCAUCUGCGGGCUCCUCCUCAGGGCGCUCUGACUGAAGCAGACACCAGUGCAGACGCACCAUUGCCAGAGUUUCAACCGUACACUGUUCCAGACCCGGACUCCACUCGGGACGACCUGCAGUACUACGAGCAUGAGGCCGACCCGAAGGACGACUGGACGAUCCGCACCAAGAAGGAGUGGUCCGGGCUGCCCCGGAUCCCCACGCACCCCCUGGACCUGGCCGUGCUCCGGCUCACAAACCUAGAGCGCAACAUCGAGCGGCGCUACCUCAAAGAACCACUGUGGAACCCGGCUGAAGUCAUCCGCCUCGCGCCCCUCACGCCCACUCCGGGAGAGGAGCAGCCCAUGGACAUGUUUAGUCUGGAGAAUGAGAUCACGUCCCGGUUACGCACUUGGCGUCAGGCCCUGGACCGGUGCCGCAGCGCUCCUCAGGUCUGCCUUUGUCUGCUGCAGCUGGAGAAGGCCAUCGCCUGGGAGAGAUCCGUCACUAAAGUGAAUUGUCAAGUUUGUCGCAAAGGAGACAAUGACGACUGCCUGUUGUUGUGCGACGGCUGCGACCGUGGCUGCCACAUGUACUGUCUACGGCCCAAAAUGACCCAAGUCCCAGAGGGAGACUGGUUCUGCCCCGCCUGCGUGGCCAAGAACGUAGACGAUGAACCCAAAGUGCGCUCGUGCAAUAAACGCACUCGUGUGAAGAAGAAGCGCUACGAAGACGACAGCUCGGAGGACGAAGGCACGACGCGGCGCAGUGGCGGCAUGGCAACAAGACACAAAGAGCCUCCUGUAAACCAGAGCUCUCCACGGUCGUCCGCAGACACCACCCCCUCAAAACGCAGGCGCAUGGUGACCCGCAACCAACCGGACUUCACCUUCUGCGAAAUCAUUUUGAUGGAGAUGGAGGCUCACACGGACGCGUGGCCUUUCCUCGAGCCUGUAAAUCCUCGGCUGGUGCCUGGAUACCGCCGCAUCAUCAAAAACCCCAUGGACUUCCUCACCAUGAGGGAGCGUCUGCUGCAAGGAGGGUACGGCAGCUGUGAGGACUUUGCUGCGGACGCUCAGCUCAUCUUCAAUAACUGCGAGCUCUUUAACGAGGACACGUCGGAGGUCGGAGUGGCUGGACAUUCCAUGAGGAAGUUCUUCGAAAGCCGCUGGGCAGAGUUUUACUCUAAUAAAGACAAAUGA